UUAUAUUAUCUCCAGAAUUCACUGAUUCAGCCAUUUCGAUCCGGCAACCGAGCUUCAAUUUCUGAAAUGUCUGCAUUGUCGUUACCGAUUAUCGGAGCUCCGGUUCGAUCAAGCCUUUCCCUCUCGUCCCCCACCAUUCUCUUUCCCCCGUUUUCAGUUCGCGCCAAGAAUUUAUCUUCGCGUUUCUUCAUAUGUCAGGCCUCUAAUGGAACUAAUCCCACUAGUGAGACUGUUUUCGCAGUGCCAACAAUAUCAGUUGACAACUCUGAGGAGGAUGAGUCCACCUCAUUCGUGAUUCGGGCCCGCAAUCGAAUCGGUCUCCUUCAGGUGAUCACCAGGGUUUUCAAGGUCCUCGGCUUGCGCAUUGACAAGGCUACUGUGGAGUUCGAGGGUGACUAUUUUACCAAGACGUUCUUUGUAAGCGAUUCGCAUGGCAAUAAGAUUGAAAAUCUGGAGAGCAUUGAUAGGAUCAAGAAGGCACUGAUGGACGCAAUCGGUGGCGAUGACUUGACGAUCUCCACCGGACCUGCCACUCGUGGCAUUGUGGUGAGAAAGCCUGGGUUGUUGUCUUCCUCACUGGAUCGGACAGCGAAGGCGGAAAGAAUGUUUGAGUUGAUGGACGGGUUCUUGAAAAAUGAUCCAGUUAGCCUUCAAAAGGAUAUUCUCGAUCACGUUGAGUACACAGUUGCCCGGUCUCGCUUUAGUUUUGAUGAUUUUGAAGCCUACCAGGCUUUGUCUCAUUGCAUAAGAGAUCGAUUGAUUGAACGAUGGCAUGAUACUCAGAUACACUUCAAGAGGAAAGAUCCAAAGCGCGUAUACUUUCUCUCACUUGAGUAUCUUAUGGGCCGUUCUUUGUCAAAUAGUAUUAUCAACCUUGGUAUCCGUGACCAAUGUGCUGAUGCUCUGAGCCAGCUUGGUUUUGAGAUUGAAGUUCUGGCAGAACAGGAAGGAGAUGCUGCCCUUGGCAAUGGUGGCCUUGCUCGACUUUCUGCAUGUCAAAUGGAUUCUUUGGCAACUAUGGACUUUCCAGCUUGGGGCUAUGGACUACGAUACCAAUAUGGAUUGUUUCGUCAAGUCAUACUAGAUGGCUUUCAGCACGAACAGCCUGAUUAUUGGUUGAACUUCGGGAAUCCUUGGGAGAUAGAGAGAGUUCAUGUAACAUAUCCCGUCAAGUUCUAUGGUACUGUUGAAGAGGACAUUUCGAAUGGUGAGAAGUACAAAGUUUGGAUCCCUGGUGAAAUGGUUGAAGCAGUAGCCUAUGACAAUCCUAUACCUGGUUACGGGACAAGGAAUACCAUUACUCUCCGCCUUUGGGCCGCCAAACCAAGUAAUCAGCAUGAUAUGGAAGCAUAUAAUACUGGGGAUUAUAUUGAUGCUGUGGUAACUAGGCAAAGGGCAGAAACAAUUAGCAGUAUUUUGUACCCAGAUGACCGUUCUCAUCAGGGGAAGGAACUGAGACUGAAGCAACAAUAUUUCUUUGUCUCGGCAUCCUUACAAGACAUCAUUCGCAGGUUUAAAGAUGGUCAUAAGGACUUAAAUCAGUUUCCUGACAAGGUUGCUCUGCAACUGAACGAUACUCAUCCGGCUCUUGCAAUACCUGAGGUCAUGCGAAUACUUGUUGAUGAAGAACGUCUUGGCUGGAAUAAAGCAUUUGACAUAACAUGCAAAAUCUUUUCAUUCACAACUCACACAGUAUUAGCUGAAGCGCUGGAGAAGAUCCCUGUUGAUCUGCUUGAAAGUCUUCUCCCACGGCAUUUACAAAUUAUAUAUGACAUAAACUCGUAUUUCAUGGAGGAGUUGAAGAGAAGGAUUGGUUUAGACUACAAUAGGCUGUCCCGGAUGUCAAUUGUGGAGGAAGGUGCUGUGAAGAGUAUUCGUAUGGCAAACCUGUCAAUUUUUUGUUCCCAUACUGUGAAUGGCGUAUCCAGAUUACAUUCGGAAUUAUUACAAACAAGGGUAUUUAAGGACUUCUAUGAGAUGUGGCCAGAAAAAUUUCAGUGCAAAACAAAUGGAGUAACCCAGCGUCGCUGGAUUGUGGUAAGCAAUCCUAGUUUAUGUGCUCUCAUCUCAAAAUGGCUUGGGACAGAGUCUUGGAUACGUGAUAUUGACCUUCUAAUGGGCUUGCGUGAAUAUGCCGCUGAUAUUUCCCUGCAUCAAGAAUGGCAAAUGGUGCGGAAGAUAAAUAAAAUGAGGCUUGCUGAAUACAUUGAAGCAACAAGUGGCCUCAAGGUCAGUUUAGAUGCAAUGUUCGAUGUGCAGAUAAAAAGGAUACAUGAGUACAAAAGACAGCUGCUGAAUAUAAUAGGCAUCAUCCAUAGAUAUGACUGCAUAAAGAAUAUGUCAAAGGAUGACCGGAAGAAAGUAGUACCUCGCAUCUGCAUAAUUGGAGGAAAGGCUGCUCCUGGUUAUGAAAUGGCAAAGAAGAUCAUCAAACUUUGUCAUGCUGUAGCAGAAAAGAUCAAUAACGACAGUGACAUAGGGGAUCUUCUAAAACUGGUCUUUAUUCCUGAUUACAAUGUAUCCGUUGCUGAAAUGAUAAUACCUGGUGCCGAUCUUUCGCAGCACAUAAGUACUGCUGGACAUGAGGCAUCAGGCACUGGUUGCAUGAAGUUUCUUAUGAAUGGCUGUUUAUUAUUAGCUACAGCAGAUGGAUCUACGGUUGAAAUAAUUGAAGAAAUAGGGGAAGACAAUAUGUUUUUAUUUGGAGCAAAGGUGCAUGAAGUUGCAACAUUGCGUGAAAAAGGAACGACAAUUAAGGUGCCUCUACAAUUUGCUCGUGUUGUGAGAAUGGUUCGAGAUGGUUACUUCGGCUUCCAAGACUACUUCCAAUCAUUAUGCGACACUGUCGAGGGCAGCGACGAUUACUAUCUCCUUGGUGCCGAUUUCGAAAGCUAUUUAGAGGCACAGGCAGCGGCAGAUAAAGCAUUUGUUGAUCAAAAGAAAUGGACACAGAUGAGCAUCCUCAGCACUGCUGGUUCGGGUAGGUUCAGCAGUGACAGGACCAUCCAAGAUUAUGCAGAGCAGACAUGGGGAAUUGAGCCUUGUAGAUGCCCUUUAUGAUCAGAUCACCUUCUGAAAGAAGCAAGGAAAGUUACCAUCAUGGAGAAGCGCAUCGACCCAACUUUCUGUGCACUGCACAGAGAAGAACCCAUUACGAUGUUAUUGAGUCUCAUGCUUUCCAUCUGCCCCAAUAAUGUGACCUCAGAAUCUAACUCCAGAGGGAGAGAUUGUUUCUCUCACUUCUCAAUCUUAGAAACACGGAGUUCAUUUUCUAACUUGUUCCAUUUAGGAUCCAUUUUAUAAUUAUUUGAUUUUUUAAUAAAGAAAAUCAAGCUCAAAAA